UAUCCAGUGGUGCUCUAAAAGUAUUAGACUUACUAAAUGAAUUUGUGAAAAACAUGAAACCAACCAUUAACUCCCAAUCUGUGUCAUUGACUAAUACUAAUAUCCCAGGCCUCCUAAAGUUAAAAAAAUCACAAAAUGAUCAAUAAUAAAUGUACACUAUAAUAAAUGUACACAAUGGACAUGAAAACUUACACUGUAUCACCUUGUAAAAAAAGGUCAGGACGUUCUGUUAGUAGGUUGUCUUUAAUCCAAAUUAUUAAAUCGCCCAACGUCCCUUGAAACAAACAGUUUUUCCUUUAAAUUUAUACAGCUACAUUUGCAACUUACAUGGUGGAUUUCUUUCAGGUUAUGCAGGGGAGAGUAAAAAUUUUUGAAAUGUCUAUAUUUUCACGAAAUGUGGAGAAAAUUUUCUUCAAAAGAAUUGAACAAUUAAAGUUAUGUUAUUCCACUACGACUCAGGAAAAAAUAGAUGAAUUCAAACCGCUGAAUCUGAAACACGUCAAAGGACAAGUCCAGCAACGGCGCCAACCAAAAAAAAUGCCAGUUUUGUCCCCAAGAACAAAUCAAAUGGCGGUAGACCAAGAUUGGGGUAAUGUUUGGCCUGGACCUAGAUCAUUUCAUCCCGCAACAGUGCCACUACCACUUUAUCAAGGUUAUGUAGAAAAAGGUGCCCCGCCCAAUAAAUGGGCCAAUGCGGAAUUGAUGAAGAUUCCCAACUUUUUACAUCUAACUCCUCCUGUUAUCAAAAGGCAAUGCGAAGCUUUAAAAAAAUUUUGUACACCAUGGCCCAAAGCUUUAGAUACUGAUGAGAAGUGCGACAAACAUUUUCCUAUAGAAGUAACCACCAGUGACUAUUGUCACAGCUCACCCACAAUUCGAGAUCCUUUAGCAAGGAUAGUUACUGUGAGAUUUCGAUUAUCAACUCUAAACCUUAAUGAACGAGCUAAGGACAAGUUCUUGAGGUUGGUUGGAGAGAGAUACAAUCAGGAAAACGAUAUGGUCACUAUAGUAACUGAUAGGUGCCCCCUGAAAUCCCAAAACUAUGAUUACGCUAUGUACUUGCUGACCGCUCUUUAUCAUGAAUCUUUGCAAAUCGAGCCUUGGGAAGAGCUGAAAUCGGAAGCUGAUAUGGAAUAUUAUGACUGGGAUAAGAGUCCUUCUAAAGCUAGUGUAGAAGCACUUUUUGGCCAAAAAUGUGUAGAGAUAUCUGGUGUAGAGGAAUAUUCUGAAGCGGUCUCGAAUUAUAUGAAUGAGGGCGAGAAUGAUUAUACUGUAUCUAAAUAUGAAGAAUCGGUUAGAAAAUUAUUACAAUUACCUAAUAAUACUGACAAAGUAGGGACAGAGCAAAAAUAAUCUUGUUAAUAAAGUUUGUUCUAAUUUG